AUGUCAUGGCGUUGUAAUUUUCAUCUAUCUGGUAUUUGUUUUGUCUUUAUAGUGGAGCAACGGAAACAGCCUAAUUUAAAGGGUCAGCCAACUGCUGUGGUGCAGUACAACUCCUGGAAAGGUGGUGGUCUGAUUGCUGUCAGUUAUGAGGCUCGUAAAUACGGAGUGAAGCGUUCAAUGCGAGGUGAUGAGGCAAAGCAAGUUUGUCCCCAAAUUCAGCUUGUCCAGGUCCCAGUGGCUCGGGGUAAAGCUGACUUGAGCAUAUAUCGAAAUGCGGGUUCAGAGGUGGUUUCCAUUCUUGCAAGGAAUUGUCAAUGUGAGCGGGCUUCGAUUGAUGAAGUGUAUCUCGACCUCACUGAGACUGCAAAAACAAUGCUGGCAGAAGCACCUCCUGAGAGCUGGGAAGCAAUUGAUGAGGAAGCACUUAAAUCACAUGUUUUGGGGCUUAAUGUGGUAGAAAGCUUUACUUUGCAUUUGUGGCAUUUUUGCUUUGUAGUCCUAUUACUGCUUAGAAAUUGA